GUACCACUGGGCAGUGGAGAAUCAGACACUAGCUAGAGCUACCCCGCGAGAGACAACAAGAUGAUCCGUGGUGGGGGUCGCGGUGUCGGUGGUCGCCAUAGCGUCGGUCGUAAGCGCGCGGCGGCGCUGGCGGAACCCGAGGAGCCCCUGGCCGAUGACAUCACACAGGAAGUGGCGGCUCUCUUCAGCAAGGUCAAAGGUUACGCCCCGCCCAACGGAGGGUUGCAGCAGGGGCAGAGUGUGUGGAAGCUUCCGGACCCGGCGCUGGUUCUGACGGAGCCGCCACACACACACCCCGCCCUGCAGGAGCUGAAGCGCUCCCUGAACACCGUGAAGAACCAGCUGAGCGACAAGGACCUGAACACCUGGCACACACACACCUGCGGAACCAACCGGGCCGGGACCGUCACCACACACCUGAGGAACACCGUCAACGCAGAGCUGUGCACACAGGCGUGGGCUAAGUUCUACGAGGUCUUGUCUUCGUUCGAGGUCGUCCCUCUGGAGGCCGUCCAGCAGGGGGAGUUGUGUUCUCUUCAUCUGUGUGAAGCUCCCGGCGGCUUCCUGUCCGCACUCAACCACUUCCUGCGCAGCGGGGGCGGGACUUCAGGUGGCGUGGGCUGUGAUUGGAGCUGGCUGGCGUCGACGUUGAACCCGUACCACGAGGCCCUGGAGAGAUCUCACGGGGUAGCAGAUGAUCGACUACUACUGCCAACGCUACCCAGGGUGGCUGAUGAUCGACUACUACUGCCAACGCUACCCAGAUGGUUCUUCGGUUCCCUGGAUACGGGUGAUGUCAUGCAGAGAGAACACCUGAUGGAACUCAUGGGGCUCGUACGACGCGGCCAAACAGGACAGGUGCAGCAUGCUAACGGUCCUGAUUCGGGGGUGUCUGGCGUGGGCGUGGAGGUGUACCCCUCAGGUGUGGGGGGCCUGGCCUGGUCGGGGGGGGCCCACCUCGUCACCUGUGACGGUAGUUUUGACUGCCAGGGUGACCCGGGAGAGCAGGAGUCCUCGGUGGCUCCGCUCCUGCUGUGUGAGGCGGUGACGGCCCUCAUGGUCCUAGCGCCCCGCGGAUCGCUCGUCAUCAAGGCCUUCACACUGCUCGAACACUCCAGCGUGUGUGUGUGCUACCUGCUCGCAUGCUGCUUCAAACAGGUGUGUGUGUUUAAGCCUGCCACCAGUAAGGCUGGUAACUCGGAGGUCUACCUGGUGUGUGUGGGCUUCACUCCUCCUCCUCGACUACGCCCCCUAUUGGCCAAACUGCUCAGGGUGUACGGAGCAGACAUGACCAGAGGGGGAAGUGUGGCGCUCUUCCCCGUGCGCUGCAUUCCGGACUCGUUCCUACGGCAACACGAGGAGCUGUGCAGCUUCUUCCACUGCCAGCAGGUGGCGACCAUCAGCCAGAACCUCCGUCUCUACGGCAACAUGGGGUCAGAGGUCACCAGCCGGCUGGAGAGGAUCAGAGAGAGCGUAGCGCUACACUACAUACAACGCUACCAGGUGCGUCCUCUACCACGUAAGCUGUGGCUCUCCCGCGGCGGUUCGGGUUCGAGUGUGUGCUCGGUGUCUUCGCUGGGAGCCGUGUGGUCGCGGCUGUGGGGCGGGGGGCGAGGGCACCAGCAUCAUCGGCACCAUCAGCACAGCGGCAGCUUCCAGGAGAGGCAGCACCGACGCACACACACCUGGAGACAGCGCCUCGCACACACACUCGCACACACACCCCUCAGCAGCUGGCUGCACACACACCUGGGCCACCAGGAGGGCGUGGGGGUGUGUGUGUGGGGGCCGGGAGGGGCGGGGCAUGACCCAAACACCUGGUACAUUCGGGAGGGGGCCGCACUCACACAGGUGAGCAGCUCUCCCUUCUGUGAGCCGGUGCUGCUGGGACUGCUCAACCAAUCACUGAUCGAGGAGGAGGUACUAAACAACCAACCAGAGGCUGAGAAGGGACUUAACAGCCAAUCAGAAGCUGAGAAGGGGACACAUGACCGGGUCAGAGGUCAGAGGAUUCCCACGUGCUUCGACUGCGUGGCCACGCCUCCUCACGCCCUAUUGGCUGAGGUCUGCGGCCGCUCUGACAUCACUUCCUGUCUGGUGCUGGGCGACGCCUCCUGGUGGGGCGUGUCCGAGCCGUCGCUAGGGGGCGUGUCCAAGUUAGAAUUCCUUCCUGUUCCGUGCCCCUCCCCCUGGCUGAGUCCCUGCCCCCCUCUCCUCCACGAUGGCGAUCCGGCCUAUCAGAGCGCGCUGCUGGGAGCGUUGCUAGGCGCGUUGCCGCGGCUGCGCGAGGGUUCUGCCCUGGUGGUGCCGCUGCGCUCGGCUCUGACGAGGCUGACGUGCGGCCUGCUGCUGGCGCUUCACCUGAGCUUCAGGUGCAUCACCUACCGAUGCCCCGCCCCCGGACCCAACAUCGCCCUGCUCUGCCUGGGGUACACACACACGGCACACACACACACGCUCCACACGCUGCUCACACACACACACCAGCGCGUCAACACACUGCUGCUGGGGGAGGGGGGCACUGGAGACGGAGACGCAGCCGGAGGGGGAGGGGGAGUUAGGGACGCGCUAUGCAACUCCAAGACUGUGGGGGGCAGUAAUGAGGUAGGGUGCGUUAGCAGGAGACAGGUGCUGCAGGUGUGUCCGAUGGACGAGCUCCUGAGAGGGGAGGAGCUUCCUAACUUCCUGUGUAGCCUCAACGCCUCCGUUGCUAGGCAACGCCUGCACCUGCUGCUGCAACACACAGACCAUAGCAACAGCAGCUGAGAUAAUGCCAGACACAUACACACACACACACACACACGCACACACACACACACACACACACACACACACACACACACACGUGCACGCCAUGUACCAUGUACACUGAAGACAAGCGAUGGACUGAUGAGGACUCUGAUGCUAUAAUAGGUCUGGGCUUUUAUUUUGAAACCGACCCGUUCUCAUUGGCUGCUGGACUCUCCGCUUCCUUCCUGUUGUACAGACCGUGAUCAUGCUGCAUCUUUACGUGUUUAAGAAGAGGACUUUUAUUUUUGUACGUUUCUAAGGAGUGUGUGUGUGGAUAACUAAUGUGUUUUAUUAAUGAUGAUGAGGGUGAUGAUGAUGUGGGUGUUUUUUGGGGGGUUGUGUUUUCUCAGUUUGACACUGUCACACACACACUCACACAAACUGA